CGGCAAAAGUCAGUCGGACGGACAAGAGACAAUAGGUGGUUGAGCAUGAGGCUGCCAACUCAUCGUACAGGCGCACUGAUGGGCGCAGCGAAGCGAUUGGUAGGCAAGGCGGACGAUUGCUGGGUGAGCAGAGAGGCGGAGGCUACAUACGGGGAGGAGUCGAGGACGAGACGUGGGCAGCCGGAGAGGCUGAGUGCACGCUUCUCCUCAUGGCGACGGCUCCAUCCAGGUGUUGUUGUCCCUGUGGCAGCUCGGAGUGAGCUCUGUUGUCUACCGGGGCAUAGCUGGCACUUGGUGACGAGGGGCAGAGGGGGAGGAAGGGGGCGGGCGUCAACAGAGGAGAAUGGAGGAUCAGCGAGGAGAGGCGGGUUGGGCGCAGAGGCGGCGCUGUUGUCUUUUCUUGCUUGGGUCUCUCUGCUGUCUAGCGGUCUACUGUAUGGAGGAGAUCUGGGGGAGGGCGGACAGAAAGCGUGGUGAGCUGGCAACGCAGCAGCGGCGGCGGCGGCGCGGCGGCUCGAGAAGGAGGGAGGAAGACGGGGGCACGCUCACCCCCGGCCUUGCAACCUGUCUUGGCACGGUUAUCGAUAACCAAAAGGGUUCAACCCAAGCGAGAAAGACAUGGGCUGUGAUUGGCCCAGCGUCAUCGAGUCCCAACUGCACACCUCCAACAAGUCGCUGCUGGCCACGCUUUUUCCACAUGUCGGGCGACGCCGAAAGCCUGCGAGGUGAAUCCUCGUGCUGGAGCGUUCGCGCAAAGGGGUCGAAGGCUGAAAGAUUUGCGAUCGAGCGGGCCAGCACACUCGCACAUCUGGGCGAUGGCGAAAGGCCUGAGAAAAGCCUGGUUGAUCUUCUGAUUCGAUGCGGACCUUCACUGCGACCGGACCCCCCCUUGUCCCUCCCUGCACCACACCACACCCUCACAGAAUCCCAGACAGCAAAAAGUCGUCUUCAUAAAGCACACCAACAUCCCACAUGUGCACGCCUCCUCAGCAAAUAUUCCUCUUCUCCCACACGGUCCAUUCCAUGUAGCACUGCAAUCGUGCGAGACGGCCGCAUCACCAUCACAGAAGAGCAGUCGUCCUGACGUGACGCCCAUCAAGUGGACCGUGGACCUUCGGGCAGCACCGUCGGCUCCUGCAUGCACCAUGGUCAUGAUGCGCUGGCAGUCGGUCAAAGCUGCCCGCGCCAGACAGCCAUGGAAAAGAAAUCGAGUCUAAUAACAUCAUCGCCCGUCCAAGAUCAUUCUGCGGUACCCCCUCUCUGCUGCAUUUCCCACACCUUGCCUGCUCUGCUGUGGCCAAUGAUCCAUAGAUGCCACCUGCAGUCGUGCCUGCGCGCUUUUCCCUCCCCAGCUCACUCUGCUUGCCACUAGUCCAACAACACCCAACGAAUAUCCAGGCCUCGCAGCUGGAGUGAGAUAUUCAAUUCCGCGUCGGCGCAUACAA